UGGCUUGCAGUACGUAGUACAACUCUACUCUCGUCGGCGCUCCGCUGGCUCCUCUCUUCCGGUGCGCAUGUGAAGUAUACUCCGUGGUGUCACGCACACUUAAAGCAAUUAUACUCCACUACCCUCACCUGCUCCUGCUCCCGUUCUCCUGGCUUUUUCUGCUGCUGGCGGUUGCCCUGUUUGUAUAACCUGAUUGCAGUAUAUCGGAUUGCAUAGAGUUCAAUACACAUAUACGGCUUCUGCACCUUCCCGUUAGAUUCCCGUUAAACCCGAUUCCCGGACUAUUUUCCCGGCCUUUUUCGCAGCUUCUCCGUUUCUUGGUCCGCGGAUUCGAUCGCUUCAGUGUUGCCUAUCGAUAUAAUUGUGGGCCUGGAUUUGUUUGGUCUGGUUGAAUUAUUUUCCCGGGUCCUUGGAAUUAAUUUAAGGAUAACAUUCAAUUGUUCGCGGGACAUUAUGCAGAACCUCGGCAGUGUUGUUCUGGCCUUGUCCGUCUGCUUCUUGGCCGGUCGGACGGCGGCGCUGACUCCCAUUCCGGUCAACAGCACCGACUUUUGCGCCAAAGACGGCGUGCGGCCCGACACCCCGGCGGUCCCGGCCGCCGGCCCCGCGACCACCCAGGAGCCCUUCCCCACCUUCAACUGCAACCCCAUGACCCAAGCCGAAUGCGACAACCUGGCGCUCCUCCGAAUGGACACCUGCGUCGGCGCAAAGGUCAUCGACCUGGACCUGCAGAAGGGCGCCCGCCGCGAGCUCUCCAACCUCGGGCGCAACACCAGCCUGGGCAUCCAGAAGAUCCCCAAGGACCGCGCCGUGACCUUUGGCAUUUCCGAGUCCGCGCUGACCGUGCCGGAGUUCACGCAGGGCGUCGACUUUGCCACCCUCCCGGAGAACAUGUUCCUGUCGAUCGCCGUGACGCCCAUCGCCAAGCAGAUCAUCAGCUUCACGCUGUACAACUGCCAAAAAGUCACCUGCACCUCCAAGCUGGCGUCGCUGGCGCUGUCCAACCUCCAGAGUUUCACGCUGGACGGCUGCAGCGAGUGGGUGCAUCCCUGGCUGAAGCGGGAGGACUUCGCGGCGUCCCCGCGGCUGCGCAUGGUCGUCAUCAGCCGGUGCGUGCCCUUCGACCUGGACGCCUUCACCUUCACCAACCUCCCGGACCUCCAGCUCCUGGCGCUGGACAACCAGGUGACCUCCUACUCCAAAUCCUACAGCGACGCCGGACUCCUCCACCUGCGGAACCUGCACUGCGACUGCAAGUACGCUUGGCUGCGUGACCUUUUCACCGCCAACCCCGGGUUGCUGGGGGAGCGGGCGGCCGGGAGUGUCUACCAGGUGUGCGACGCCGCGAACCCGGCGCUGAAGAAGGAGGACGUCUUCGUGCCGGUCAACUGCAAGAAGAACCUGACCUCCAACCCGGCCAACUACGACUGGAAGCAGACCGCCUACUCCAUCAACGCCGGCGACCACCUCCGGCGUCCGGAGGUCUGGGUGACCUUGGGGGUCCUCGUCGCAGUGCUGCAGCGCUUCGCCUAGAUCGCCUUCAUCCCGGUUGUAUUGUUGCACAAUUCUCGCCCAUCUUGCCAUUUAAAUCAACACAGUUUUGCUCUUAUUUUGUGCUGUUACUACUGUUUUCUCAUUGGUAGGUAUGCUUGUUGUUGGUUGCCGGUGAUCUGAUUAAUUACUGACUGCGCGAUUUAUUUUCACGGGUUUUAUUUGGUCUUUCGCGCAUCGCUGUGGAGAGCAAUUUACAGUUAUAUACACGUUGUUUUUCGCGAUAAUGGUUUUAUGUGAUCUGCUAUUUUUGUUUUGUGAACAGAAAACAAAUAAACUUGUAAAAAUA